AUGGCUUUGACUGAUGACACGGAUGAGAGUGGAGGGGUCAUCCUGGACGGUCCCUUUGAUCCCGACGCCCAGGCGACAGUGACAGACUACAUCGACUACACCGAAUACCUCCCUGCCGACCUAAUCCGCUCUCUGACCUUGAUUCGAGGUCUUGAUGACCGUUACAUUGAUUCUGCCCAGACUGUCCACAAUCUAGCCAAGGACUACGCCCGGCUCCCUGAGCUCCCCUUCGAAGCGCGUCCCAGUGCAGUGGCCAUGCGCAAGGAUAUCUCCAAGACCCUGGAUCGCGCCAUCAAUGCGCGUGAGUCUGCAUACGCCGAGGCCUGCCGCCUUUACGAUGUUGUCGAUCGCCACUUCGACCGACUUGACUGCAUCAGACAGAAGCUCGAGGCGCUGCCAAAACCUUCGUCGCGCGAACCAACACCAGUCCCACAGCCCACUCCCAAGCGCGUGCGCUCGGGCAAAAAGGCAGAUUCUACGACCCGUAUCACCUUUCGUCUGGACAACCGCAAGCGCCCUGCAAACCAAAAAUCGCGAUCGCGACGCUCCACCAUUCCCGCCGGGCGUCUGUCGGGCCUGCACCCAGAUUCUCCUAUCGCCAGCACGGAACAAUCCGAUAUCGAAGCGGAAGUGAUUCGCAAGCCUCGCCCUCCAAAGAAAGAAAAACAGGCACGACGCCACAGCGCAGGCGCGGGUGUCUCGACGAGCAAUGCUCUCGCUUUGCUGAGGCCGCCCCCAGCAGAUGCCAAGCUCGGCAGCGAGGACUUGCCUUGGUUGCGACUGACAGAGUGGGAAAUGACCAAACUACGGAAGAAGAUGAAGAAAAAUGCAGUCUGGCAGCCCAGCGAGGUGAUGAUUCACCGUGAACUCGCCUUGGCGAACCGGGGAUGGGAAGCAUACCGAGCUGCCAAGGCUCUGGCUGAAGAGACCGGCGUCGAGUUGAUCGACUGUGACAACAUUGAGAAGACCCGUCGCGGCGAAGUGCCCAAGGAGCUCGAAGAGACCAAACUGAGCAACCGCGGGAUGAAGCUGAACGAGGCCAAGAAGCUGAAACGGGAGAUGCUGGCGCGAGAGCAGGCGGCAAACGGUGCAGGCGGUCCUGCUCUACCAGUCUCUGUUCAAGCGACUCCGACUAGCAGCCGAGCGUCACGAAAGCGCAAACGGGAUGAGAUGGCCGAAGAAGCAGAGGUUGUCCCGGAGCCAGCCCCCGCCCCGCCAUUGCGGACGGAUCCGAACCGCCGCCGGUCUAAUCGUGGAGCUGCGGCGCCAAUCACGAUACACGCGGAGGCAAAAGUAUCGCCUCCCCUGGUGUCUCCCACUGAAUCAAAGCGCUCCACAAGAUCCGCCGUGCACCCUGUCACCACCCCGACACCUCCAACGACCCGGCCCUCAUCGCGCCGGUCCGCAGCUGCCACCGUUGAAUCAGGUGCCAUCUCGGGAUUGGCCAACGCUGCCGCAGUGGGUGGAAGAGACCUUCGUAUCAAAAGCGCCACUCCCGCGCGCAAGACGCCUGUCCGGGAGGCAUCGCACGCCCCCAGCAUUCCCGGCCAAGCGCGCCGGCGCAAACGUCCUGCGCCCGGACCUGUCUCUUCCGGCCAGGAUGGUGGCGCUGCUGUCAGCUUCGGGCGCCGCAAGGCCAAACCUGGCAAGAAGCAUAUCAGCGCGCGCGAUUCGGCGGCGCAGGAUGUCCGCGUCGACGAGGAUGGGGUGCUGGAGGAGAUCGAUGCCAAUGAACCACGGUACUGUAUCUGCGGAGAUGUGAGUUUCGGGACAAUGAUCUGCUGCGAGAAUCCGGAUUGUGAUCGUGAGUGGUUCCACCUAAACUGUGUCGGCCUUUCCGAGGUGCCUUCGCGCACUGCCAAAUGGUACUGCCCCGACUGCCGCGUCCGGUUCCACAAGGGAGUGGACGGUAUUGUCCGAGGCGGGUCGAGGCGGUAG